AUGUCUAACGAUAACCAAGUUCCUCUUUCUGCUACUUUAGACGAUCCUAAAAUCAUCAAAAAUUUACCUCUUAUUUCUUUUGAACCUUACAUUUAUCGAAAUGAAAUUAAUCAAAAUUUAUCAAAC